GAAAAGUACUUGUUGUGAGAUAUGCUUUAUUGUUAUAUAUAUGAUACAUGCAGUUAAUUAGGUUGGAAAAAAGUAUAAAUAUAACCCGUUGGAUGCAAAAGUGGUAUUAUUACUAUUAUUACUAGCAGUUUUCUGCCCUCCGUGAUUUUAUGGAAGUGGAAUAUAUUUGCCUGGGACACCCCCAACCCCCGCCCAAGUAGCACAUUAUGCAUUCGUCGCCAUUCCCUUGUCGAUCCAUCUUUCUCUGAAGUGAAUAUUUUAUGCACUACUUUACAUUUUUGAAAACCUCAAGAAGAUGUUUGGCCCCUUAGUGUGCGGAACUUUCAA